AUGUCGCAUGGACCAGACGAGACAGUGCGGGAAACUUCGAAUGACGCUGUUUUCUACUUUUUAUGUAAUUUUAGUUUUCCUCUGGACCCCAAGAGGCGUCAAGAAUGGAUACGCCACAUCCAGGACGGUAAUGGGCAGCAUCUGGACGAGACAACAGUGAACGAUAAAAGAAUCUGUGGAAGACACUUCGAGAAAGAUGACUUUCUUCCCGGUGGCGUCAGGAAGUUCCUGAAGAACACCGCUAUUCCCCGGAAUUUUCCUGAGAACCAGUCCCCCAAUCCCCAGUCAAUAAGCAAGAAACCAUGUGAAUUUGACGUUGAUGAUGAAGGAAAUUACAGGGAAACCUAUGAGGCAGUUGAAGGUGUCCGGGAAGUCCGGAUUUAUAUCGAUAAUUGCAAUCGAUGUGAAUCCCACAAGAUUAAGAAUCAACGGCUUAAGAAGAGACUGGAAAAUGCGAUUCGCAAGAAAAACCGUCUUGAUUCUGCAAACAGGCGUCUCAAAAAGAAGUUAGAGAGUGUCUACAAAGCCGCUUACCCCGACAAUAAGACACCCACGGAGAUCCUUGGGACCUCGAAAAUUGUACAUAUUGUUUUGCUGUGGAAAUUGUAUAUACAUCACUGUAUCAUCUAUACAUACCUAUAUGUUGUAUGUAUAACGUCAGAUUGGGGAAAGACAUCUACAAAACCUUAAGAUUGUUGGGCGAAGGAAAAAAAUCUGGCAAAUAUCCACCAGGUUUACGAGCAUUUGCCCUUUCGUUGCACUUUUAUAGUCCACGGGCUUAUGAGUUUGUAAAGGAGCAACUUGGUACACUUCCGACAGCAAGAACUAUGCGUGGAUGGUAUAACAAAAUUAAAACUGAGCCAGGGAUGUCUACAGCUGCUCUUGAAGCAUUAAAAUCAAAAGUUCGUCAAGAGAAAGCUUCUGGGAAGAAUAAGAUUUUUGCUGCCUUGAUGAUGGAUGAGAUGGCUAUUCGACCAUCGAUGUGCUGGGAUCCUAAAUCAAAACAAUAUUUGGCAUUCGAAGAUUAUGGCGUGCCAAAUCUUUGUCAAACGAAACGAAAGGCCAAGGAAGCCCUUGUUGUUUUGAUAAAUGCUGUAAAUGGAAGAUGGAAGAUCCCAGUCGCAUACUUCCUGACUGCUGGAAUGACCGGAAAAGCGAAAGCUGAGUUGGUACUCGAAAUAUUACGCUUUCUUAACGAAGUCGAUGAUAUGAGAAUA